AUGUUCACGUCUGCAGCCAUCCCCGCCCUAAAAUCCGGUCUUCCGUUCGCCGGAGUAGCCGGCCGCAUCAAGGCCUCGGCCCAGGCCGCCCCCCUCGCCCGGAAACCGCACACGCUCUACGAGGUUCUCCGCGUCAAGCAGACGGCCUCUGCGAUGGAGAUUAAAACCGCCUACCGCUCUCUCGCCAAGCGGUACCAUCCCGACGCGUCCCCCGGGAGCUCCGGCGCUUCCGGCCAGGACUUCAUCGACAUCAACCAGGCCUACGCCACGUUGUCCGAUCCGGCCGAGCGCGCGCGCUACGACCUCUCCAUUGGCGUCGCCACGUGGCGAUGCCGCGCGUCGCCGGAAGUCGGCGAUUUUGAAGGCCGGUUUCGCGUCCGGCGGUGGGAGACUGACCAGUGCUGGUGA